CGACUUUCGUAGACCUGUUUAUUUUAUUGUUUGUACUUUAUGACUGCACAUAUACACAGAGGUUCAUACAUUUUCUUGUCAAGUGUUGCCAUCUACCAGUCUUUCCUUCUGCCUGCUUGGGUUAUACAGCGACCUUUUAGCAUAGAACAGAGAGAUGAUCAAAACAAAACGGGUCGUCGUGUCCUGAACGGCGAAUGUGUUAUAGAGGGUCAGCUAACACUACGACUCCUGCUAGAGUCUUUGUGAAAUAUUUAUCGGAGCGCUGUAUGCGCAAGACACGCUGUUGUCGCGGAUUUUCGUUGCUCAUGAAUUCAGUGUGAUCAUCUAGCUCAAGGGACAAUGGCAGUUUUUAGUCGCCUUCUUGCCGCAACCACCAGGCCGAUAGUUCGCGUCGCCCUAAAUAAUGGCAAAAGUAGUACAAGUGACCUUGUGCAGCGGCACUCGACCCGUUUUUGUAGCGACCACCAUCGCAUAAUGGAAAUUACGCCAUCGAAAUGGUCGUGGCAUAAAUGCAAAGACGAGCUGCAUUUGUACUUUUGGGGCGCUGCCAUACCCGUAUUCGUAUUCAUCCAUCUCGUCAACAUCUUUAUCGGCCCUGCGGAACUGGCUGAAACCCCCGAGGGUUAUGUACCUGAGUAUUACGAGUAUUACAGCCACCCGAUUACUCGCUGGCUUGCCAAGUACGUUUAUAGUGAUCAUCAGGCUAACUAUGAGAGAGCUAUGCACCAUCUUCAGCAAGAGUUUGAAAAGACACAAAUGAGAAGAAUCGAAGCUAAGGUAAACCUGCUGCAGAAACAACGCGGUGAUUACAUGGGUAACUUCUACAUACCCACUGACGCGUAUAAGUACACCCAAGUUAAGGUCUAUGAACGUGAGAAUUUGAAAGAAGGUUAUGGCCGUGUCGACUAAGCGCGAAAGACAAAGCGAAUCACGACACUAUAUUAGCUCAUGGAGGGAAACAAGCUAAAGAAGGGAGAGCGUAAACUAACAUCGAUGCUCUUAAGAGCUAAACACUUGAAAUCGAUAGUUUUAGAAGAGAAAAGUGAGAUAAAUUGAGUUUAGAUUGAAGCCAAUGGAACAAGGAGAGGCGGUUCGUGUUCGAAGAAGGGACAAUAUCGUUUUGACCACUGUGUUUUAGGUUGACGUAAAAAAUGCAAAAGAAUGUGUUAUCGGAUGUGCAUUGACUAAAACUUAUCCAUUCUCUAUAUGAUGUAUGGCUGUCACUUUAAAUAAAAAGGACCGGGCUCUGUUAUAGAACAACGUAAUGAAAAAAUGUGUUUCCUAUUCUUAAAAUUAUCGUCUUCAAUCUAUCUCUUGUUGUUUUUUUGCAUUUUCAUCAUCUUCAUGCAUUUCAUAUGUAAGUUAACGUUCCUUAUUUGUGUUCACUACAGUAAGCUAUAUAGACGUCUAGAAGUUAUACCUCACGGAUAACAGGCAGGUACACAUGGUAUGGCCAACUGACUAUGCACAUUGUAAUUACGCAUAGGAAGUACGCACGAAAAAUAUUCGAUGGCAAUGUAUGAUGUACAUGAUGAGUAAAAGGAGACGUAAUAAUUCCUUCGGAAGCUAGAAAGUUAUGAGCUGGUCGUCAUUCGCAAUUAGUUAACCUAUAUGCGGAAGUGCAACACAAAAUUAUUUCCGGCAUGGCGAUUCAGGUAAUGCAGAAUGUUUUAUGUUUUCCAAUUCUAACGCUUCGUGUUUUUGUAAAUCUGUACAUUUGUGUA